CUUCAGCCGCUCCAACAGUUCAGAGCCUUUGUCGUCGGAGUCGAGUUGAACAUUCGCAAGUUAGAGAAAGAGAAGUAUCUAAAGCCAAAAUGAAGCGCCAAAAUCGCAUCUCACUUUGUUUGCCGCUUUUUACCAUCUGCUUUGUGUUGAGUGCCAUAUCUGCUGUGAACGGUGACUACUGUGAAGUGAACAUCUGCCACAACGGAGGCACUUGCGUGACUGGAGUGGGGGAGAAUCCUUUCAUCUGUAUCUGUCCAGAUGGAUUCACCGGCGAGACCUGCAACGAAACAGAGACUGGACCUUGCAAGCCAAAUCCCUGCAAGAACGACGGUGUGUGUGAAGUCAUAAGCCAAACGCGACGUGGCGACGUCUUCAGCGAGUACGUCUGCAAGUGCCAGGAGGGCUUUGAUGGCGUCCACUGCCAAAACAAUGUCAAUGACUGCGCUGGUCAGCCCUGUAAGAAUGGAGGCGUGUGUCGAGACCUGGAAGGAGACUUCAACUGCAAGUGCCCCUCGCCCUACGUUGGAAAGCACUGCCACCUGCGCUGCAUCUCCCUGCUGGGCAUGGAAGGUGGGGGCAUUGCCGAGCAUCAGAUUACAGCCUCCUCUGUGCACUACGGCAUUCUGGGCCUGCAGCGCUGGGGGCCUGAAAAGGCACGCCUCAACAACAAGGGCCUGGUCAACGCCUGGACCUCCGCUGGCCACGACAAGAACCCCUGGAUCGAGGUGAACCUGCAGAGGAAGAUGCGCUUCACGGGCAUCAUCACUCAAGGCGCCAGCCGCAUGGGCGUGGCCGAGUACAUCAAAGCCUUCAAGGUGGCGUCCAGCCUCGAUGGCCGCACCUACACUAUGUACAGACUGGAGGGCCAGAAGAAAGACACAGUUUUUGUCGGGAACAUGGACAACGAUGGCACCAAGACCAACUUGUUCGACCCGCCCAUCAUUGCACAGCACCUCCGUAUCAUCCCUGUGGUCUGCCGCAAAGCCUGCACCCUACGCAUGGAGCUGGUUGGCUGCGAGCUCAACGUCUAUUUAAACACGACAGGUUGCUCCGAGCCCCUGGGCGUCAAGUCGCGUCUGAUCAGCGACGCUCAGCUGUCGGCGUCCAGCACCUUCCGCACGUGGGGCAUCGAGGCGUUCACCUGGCACCCGCACUACGCCCGCCUGGACAAGCAGGGCAAGACCAACGCCUGGAGCGCCGCCAUCAACAGCCGCUCCGAGUGGCUGCAGGUUGAUUUGAAAUCCCCCAAGCGCAUCUCAGGCAUCAUCACCCAGGGGGCCAAGGACUUUGGGAGCGUUCAGUUUGUGUCCGCUUUCAAGGUGACCUACAGCGAUGACGGUCAGACCUGGACUGUAAUCAAAGAUGAGAGGACUAAUGACGACAAGAUCUUCCCCGGCAACAGUGACAACAACGUCCACAAGAAGAACGUGUUCGAGCCGCCCUUCUACGCCCGAUUCGUUCGCGUCCUGCCAUGGGCGUGGCACGAGCAUAUCACGCUGCGAAUGGAGCUGCUGGGCUGUGACGAGUAGCACCUCUCCUCCCUCCCUCCCUCCUUCUCUCCGCUCCCUUCUCCUUGUCCUCUCCCUCUCUCCCUCCCUACCUCCUGAGCCAUGCCUGCACUGCCUUGCUCCCAGCGCCAGAGGGCAGCGUUGCCCCACCAGCCGGCACAGCUGGAGGGCCUCUGAGUCAAGCUCCUCGGACACAGCCUGCAUCUCUAACCACACGCCACACAGUGACCUCCUGGCUCUUCUUUUCACACGCUCUCACUCUCUCUUUCUUUCUCUCUAUUUCUAUCAAAGACACACACACACACACACACACACACACACACACAUACUACACAGUCCAAACCACAGUGAUGCUGCCUCAUUGAGCGAUGAGAAUUGAACUCCACUUUGAGGUGCUGAAACGCGUCACACGCUCAUUUAUUUGUAGCAAUUGAAUGGCUUGGAAAAAGGUUUUGUUUAUGAGCUUGAAGUAUUGCCAGUAUCCAAAAUUAAUUAGAGAGGUGUUUCUGACAUGUUUGAACGAAGCAGAGUUUAGCCCAAUUCUCACACUGGCUUUGCACAGUAUUUCCAUGUACAGUCUUAGCACCGCUGGUCUCUGGAACUGUAGUGCCGUGUGAGGCUCUGGUUUUGCCGAAGUUGUUCCUGGAUAUGCUUGGCUGCUCUGUCCCUGUUUUGUGACAAAAUAUAUCAUUGAUUUAGCGAGAGAUGUACAUAAACCAAAAUAGUCACACUUAAAGUCAUGGUUCUAGUGUUAGUUGAGUAGCUGUAAAUCUGUCGUUGCAGGGUUUUGAUAUCCCCAGUACAGUAAAACAUUAGGUAGUGAGUAGAGCAAAGUAAUCUGAUUGUGAAUAUGUUUUAGGAAUUGAAAAGCUCUGAAAUCUGUUCCUGCUUCUGUAAAUGGGUUUUUAAGUUUGUUUAACAUUUCUUUAUUAUUGAUGAUAUUCUAACAGACAAUGAUUAGAGAAUACAUUUCUGUUUGUGCUAAUAAUGUAAGUUGUUUAUACUUACUGUGUAAUUACUAAGUAUUACUAUAAAUAGAUAAAAUGAUCCAUUCGUGUCACUCUCAUUGUAAACAAACAAAAUAUGAUCUAGCGUGACUAAAUUAAGGAAUAUACAGGUCAACUUUCAUGCCAAUAAAAGUUUUGGCCCAACACUGCCAAAUAUUUUUCUCAGGUAGAGAUGAAUUUAUUGCAUUGUGCUACUGAGGUUUUUAUGAUGUGCAUGUAAGCUAAAUAUAAUUUUUUUUAUGCAGUUUUUGGAACAUACCCUUUCUUUGGAUGCUCUAUUAAUCUCAUUUUGGCACCAGCAUUUUUGCCAAUUUAAAUGCUGGGUAGUGUCACCAUUACCCAGCAUAGUGAAACAACAUCAGUGGAUCAGAAAUAGUGGUUGCUUUGCUGGGGCAUCUCUUAACAUGUUGAAACUGUAUGACUGUAUAGCACAGGAUUUAUUUGGGGUGGGAUUUGCUCAGCAAUAGAAGAUAAACGCAUAAUGGCUGAUGAAUUAGUCCAAGUACCUUACAGUCAAAGGCUGUUUUUGAGAAACAGAUUGCUUGGAAAGGAGAGGCUGUUUCCCAAAUGAUAAGAUGAAUAGGGGGUAAAAAUCAAAUUAAGAAUGAUUUUUACGCUUCCACUUAAUGUCCGUCCGAGGUGUCACUCUACAUAAUAAGUCCAGGCUUUGGCAUUGUGAUACCCCCAUGAAUUAUGAAUUUUGGGCUUGUGCAAUAUGAUAGGAGUUUUAAUAUUAAUGAAUGGUUAAAAAAUAAGAUCAGUAUUUCUCUGCACUGCUUUCCACUGAGAAUAGAGGGGAUGGUGGUUAUUAUCACAAGCUGAUAAAUACUUAUCAACCACAACAGUGUUUCCUUAAGGCCGAAUGCAUUCUGUGGAUUUUGAUCAUUUUCAUUACCAAUUAUAUAGUUUUCUGAUAGAUUUAUUUGAGGAUGUUGCUAUGAUCUUUGCUAUAUUAGCUUCAUAAUACUCCCCGACUGUGUUUGUUCCUGUUUUUUUUCUAAACCAAUGAGUUUUAUGCUUCAUACAAAUUGCUGUCAUUGUUGUGUUCUAAGCAUACAGUAGAUUUGAUGCACUCUUGAUGUUUCUGUCUUAAACAGUUUUCUCCUGUUUGGUCUUUAAAUGAAGACACAAAUAAUAAAGAGUUUAAAUUAUUU